UUUUCUUCGGAAAGAGGAUGUUGCUGACAGUAUCACUAUAUAAGCAUCAUCACUUACCUUAAUUUGUUACAUCAAGCAAGUAAAACCUCCUGAUUAGAUUGUGUGAAAACAUAGAACUAUGGCUUCUCAGACCAAAGUGGUGAUGCUUAUUAUUCUCGCCACAGCAGGAGCAGCUUUGGCUGUGGCGAACCCAAUAUCAGCGGCCGAUCAUCGCAUUGUGAAAGAUCAGGCAGUAAGGAAUGCAUAUUCUGACAAAUGCCCAGUUGGAUGGUCCUACUAUUCCGGUCGCUGCUACUUGUACAAUGGCGACAAACUGGAUUGGGCUUCUGCAGAGAAAUUCUGUCAGGAUUUUGAUGCACACUUGGUCUCAAUACACAACGAGAAUGAACAUCAGCAGAUAAAGGCUCUUAUCCGAGCUCAUGACCUCACGGAGGAUCUAACAUACAUCGGCCUCAGUGACUGUCAGAAGCCUUUUGAAUUUUUUUGGUCUGAUGGCACCAAAUUGACUUUCACCAAGUGGGAUCAACGACAACCAGAUAAUUAUUUUAACAAGGAGUGCUGUGUGCAUAUGAACCAUGGUACCUACAAAAACUGGAAUGAUAUUGCUUGUGACAAGCGCUCUCCCUUUGUGUGUGCCAAGAAAAGUGGCUGAAAAGCUUCCUACUGCAUCUCACCAAAUAUAAUCCUCGUCACUGAUGAAUUUAUAAAAUGAUUCUGUGGCAGACUUCCAUAACUUCAACAAUAAAAAAUAAUAAAUAAAUAAAUAAAUAAAUAAAUAUUAAUACAUAAAAAUAAAAGAAAAUAUUA